AUGUCCAAUUUCGUCGUCGAUGGAAUCGCCAAUUCAUUUGGUGCUUUUAUGAGCGGUUAUCAGGAUUAUUUCCAUGCAUCGAAAGCGAAAGUUUCACUGAUCGGCUCCUUACUCAUUGGCUCAUAUCUGCUCAUCGGUAAGUAG